AUGCGCAGCUGGGGUGUGCAGCAACACUGCACCUUAUGUGGAGAAAUAGAUGAAACCAGGGAACACCUUUUCUUCGCAUGUCCCUUCAGCUACACUAUGUGGGAUAAUGUUGCUGGUCGUUUGCUUGGACAGAGAAUGAAUCCUGACUGGUCUAAUACUUUGCUGUCUAUUCAGCAUGCUCGUUUCUCCCCUAUGGAUUUGGUGUUGGUUAGAAUGGUCUUUUCGAUGACGAUUUACAUCGUUUGGAAGGAGUGCAACAGGAGAAGGCAUCAGAAACCAUGGUCAACUGCAGCUCAGGUCACUCGCAUCAUUGACAAGACAAUGUGCAACCGCAUGACAUCACUCAGGACCGAACCACAAGUAUGA